AUGUAUUUAUUAAUUUCUUAUGUUUCUCUCUCUCUCUCUAUUUGUCUCUCUAUCUGUCUAUCUAUCUGUCUAUCUAUCUAUCCUGACCACAUUAAAACUUUGAAUUGCGAGUUAUCAUGCAGUGUUGACUCUCUGUUAGAUUUACAUAUAAUUCUAUCUAUCUAUCUAUCUAUCUAUCUAUCUAUCUAUCUUAGUCUCUUCAGAUCUAUCUAUCUAUCUAUCUAUCUAUCUAUCUAUCUAUCUAUCUAUCUAUCUAUCUCAGUCUCUUCAGGUCUAUCUAUCAGUUACUUCAGAUCUAUCUAUCUAUCUAUCUAUCUAUCUAUCUAUCUAUCUAUCUUAGUCUCUUCAGGUCUAUCUAUCUAUCUAUCUAUCUCAGUCUCUUCAGGUCUAUCUAUCUCAGUCACUUCAGAUCUAUCUAUCUAUCUAUCUAUCUAUCUAUCUAUCUAUCUAUCUAUCUAUCUAUCUAUCUAUCUCAGUAUCUUCAAAUCUAUCAAAUAUCAUCUAGUCUCUUCAGGUCUAUCUAUCUACCAGAUUUUAUUAAAAUCAUAUAUUAUAUCUUAUGUGUUUGUUUCAUGA